UUAACGGUUGCGAAUAUACAAGCGUAGAAUAAAACAUUUAUUCAGCCAGUCACCAAUCUGAACGCACAGGCGCCAUUCGUCGCGCGCACCGUCGUUUCGCGCGGUCAAUUCAAAAUAUUUAAAGAACAUCAUUCGAUUCUUUCAAUUCAGAAAUUAAAUAUGCCUAAAAAGAAAUAGGGAGUUUUGUAAACGUGAUAUUUUUUAUAUUUAUUGUAAGUUAUAUCUGAAAAUGUGCUAACUGGCAGUGUUUAAUGACUUGUCGCGUAUCGGAUGAUUAACGCCGUUUUCGUCAGUCUGUGAUAGCGUGUUGUGAAGCUAUUUAAAGUGUUAAACUUUAUAACUUUAAAAUUGUUUCGUGAAAUUAAUUUCGCGAAACGCUGAAAUAAACAUUCUUUAUGAUAGGUCCAUAUAUGAAGUGUCAACAUUUUUAUCCCAAACAUUAUGAUUUACAAAUGGAUAUUAUGAUAAGAGUGAAGUGUUGUCAAGAAACUAAAAAUCCAAAGUGACGAAGUGAUUCGGGUGUCUGUUUUGUUACGUUCCGUUGCUUUAGAAUAAUAAUUAUGUCAGAUAAAACGACUUCGUCUGUUGGACCGAGGAGUUUCGAGACGAUCUCCGAGGAGGAUGGUGAAUCGCCGUGGGAUAAACUGUUAGGUGAUGUGCAGGCUGCUGUACCGACGAUAAUAACGACCAACCCGUCGACCGCGACGAUGUCCCCAAGUGGGGAUGUGUCUCCGCCCCGUGUGGACGUCGAGUCGGCCCUGACGCGGUCCAAAAGCCUUAACCAGCGCAGAAACAGCAGCGGUCUUCUCGCCACAUUCCCGAAACAGCUCAGACUGUCUCUCCGCGGUGUGCGCAGUGAACCUUCGAGUGUCAAAGACGCACCAACCAGUAGAAACGAAAGUGCCCUUAAUCUGUUACUCAAAUACCGCCAAGCCAGAUACGCAGCGAGACGCGUGAGAAAGCGCGUUAUCUUCAAGCACGGAGAUUGUAAUGUAGUCCAAUGGAACGUGGCUAAGCGCAGGCGCCGAUACCUUCAGGAUAUUUUCACAACCCUUGUGGACGCUCAGUGGCGUUGGACGUUGCUCGUGUUCGCUCUAUCCUUCAUCCUCUCCUGGCUCCUGUUUGCUCUCAUCUGGUGGCUCAUAAUCUUCACCCACGGCGACUUGAAUCCUUCCACUAACUCCAAUGAAACCUUUAUUCCCUGUCUUAAUAAUGUCAACUCCUUUACUGGCUGCUUCCUAUUCUCUGUGGAAACACAACACACAAUCGGUUAUGGCUCCAGAACAACAAAUGAAGAAUGCCCCGAAGCGAUUUUUGUUAUGUGUCUUCAAAGCAUUGUCGGUGUUUUCAUUCAAGCUUUUAUGGUCGGCAUCGUAUUUGCCAAACUCUCUAGACCUAAAAAACGAGCCCAAACUUUAUUGUACUCCCGCAACGCUGUCAUUUGCCUACGAGAGGGUCAACUGUCUCUGAUGUUUCGUGUUGGAGAUAUGAGGAAAUCUCAUAUAGUUGAGGCACAUAUAAGAGCUCAGAUUAUUCGCCGCAAGAUUACCAGAGAAGGGGAAUUAUUACCAUUCUAUCAACAAGAGUUAAAAGUGGGAGCUGACGGGGAAGAAGACAGAUUAAUGUUCAUUUGGCCCAUGACGAUAGUUCACAAGAUCAAUGAAAAGUCACCGCUAUACAACCUUUCCGCCUCAGAUAUGUUAAGAGAGAGAUUCGAAAUUGUAGUUAUGUUAGAGGGUGUCAUCGAAUCAACUGGUAUGACAACGCAAGCAAGGAGUAGCUUUUUACCAUCUGAAAUUUUGUGGGGACAUCGAUUUGAAACUAUGGUAUCUUUUAGAAAGGAUACGGGUGAAUAUGAGGUGGACUACACGCGCUUCAACAACACAUAUGAAGUGGACACGCCGCUCUGUUCCGCGAAACAACUCGACGAGCUCCGAGCGACCGUCUCCACUUCACAGAAAUUAGAUCGUAUGCUCGGCACCAUUCCGAAAACCUUCUCCAACGACACCUUGGACAUGAGCUCCGUCGAUUCCAUGUCUCUAGACGAGCACAUAGAAAUAAAGAUUCCAGAGUCAAGGGCAAAGGAAAACAGACUCAUGGCACAAAACAACUUUGUCCAACACAUCAACGAGAAGUCCAGAAAUGCAAGUCACACACAUUUAGCAGUCGAAAAUGAUUUGCAGAAAAUUAAUUCCGCUGCAGCCAUGACGGAGAGAGAUGGUCAUAUUCAUAGGAGUCAUAGCCACGCUAGCAUGAAGAGGUUACAUGGUCCAACGCUCAAUGGCGUCGCGCAUAUGGCGAAUGGCCAUGAUCAUAGGGAACACAAUAGAAUCAAAAAGUCACCAAGUGACAACCAUAUAACCGAUAAAGCUACAGUAAUCCCAAUUCUGGUGACGUCACCGGCGCCGGAGCCUGCUUGACGACAGCCCACCCCUCAGUACAACUCUGAUUCCAAUUGUAACCCACCCACUGAGAUUAAUCACUCAAGUUAUUACUUAUCCAACCUUACGGCUGUAUCUUCUACUUACUUACACUUACCAGGUGACGUACCAUAUGUAAGUUAUACACACUUACCCAGUUCACGUUUACCUUCUACAAGUUAUACAAACUCACCCGGUCAUAAUGAUUUAGUGUCUGGAAGUUAUACACACUCACCAGGUCUACAUAGCUUACAUUCGACGAGUUAUACGAACUUAACCGGUCAAAGUGACGUACCAUCUACAAGUUAUACAAACUCACCC